CUAGAGAAUAAAAAAUUGGGAGCAUUUUUACUCUUAUGAAAAAUCUCCUAGCAGCCGAGGAAUAGAAAAAAUGCCUCAAGUAUAUGCCAUGAAUGGAGGAAAUGGACCUCAAAGCUAUAACCAAAACUCAUCCUUUCAGAGAGGAGCAGUAGAGGUUGCAAAAGAACUUAUCAAAGAAGAGAUUGACAAAGAACUUGAUGUCAAGCAACUUUCUUCAACCUCUGUGCAUCCAUUUCGCAUAGCAGAUUUUGGCUGCUCUACAGGACCAAAUACAUUUGUGGCCAUGAAAGUCAUAAGAGAAGCCCUGGAGGAAAAACUCAGAAAAGAGGGACUAGCAUCUGAAGUCCCUGAGUUUCAAGUCUUUUUUAAUGACCAUAUAUCUAAUGGUUUCAACACACUUUUUGCUUCACUUCCACAAGAGAGACACUACCUUGCAGCUGGAGUGCCUGGUGAUUUCCACAAGGUUUUGCUCCCAAAGGCAUCCCUUCAUUCUGCUCACUCAUCUUGA